GGGCUGCGGCCAGAGCCUCGUCAGGAGGAGGGAGGGUGAAGACUCACUCAAGUUGGCCCUAGUUGGCAGCACUUUGGGCAGCGUGGGACUUGGGGCAGAGCUCGGCAGCUCCUGCGGAACAAAGGAGCCCGGGCUGGCCCGGGUCCUGAUCCUGCCCUACCCGGUGUCGGCCCGGUGCCCCUGGCCUUUCCCCGUACCCCGAGUGCGGGCGCGGCUGCCUGUUCGCCUGGAGAUCCCCGAGCAACCUGGAGAGGGGAAGCGGUACUCCGCGUUUCUGCCCUUCCUGCCUCCUUCUCUCGCUCUCUCCCUUCCUCCUUCCUUCCUUUCUUUCUUUCUUUCUCUCUAUUUUUUUUUUCCUCCUAAAUUUUAAAUUUUACCCUCAGGUGGCCCCUGUGUGGGGGGUCCCUUCCUCCGCCCGAGGGGCGCCGGUUCCCUCCGCGGAGCGGCGCGCAUUGGGCGGCGUUUCGGGAGGCUUUCGGCUGCUCCUUGCUCCCCCGCCGGAUGCUGCCUGAGCUGUUUUGGCUGUUUUUCUUCGCCGGCGAUGAAGGCUCUGCCUUGAAGAUGGACAUGAUCUGGUUUUUAUUCCUGUCUCUGGUGCCCGUGUACAUCAGGGGACAAGGGGUGUACGCUCCUGCUCAGGCCCAAAUCAUCCAUGCUGGGCAAGCAUGUGUGGUGAAGGAAGACAACAUCAGUGAACGUGUUUACACAAUUCGGGAGGGGGACACGCUGGUCCUGCAGUGCCUGGUCACAGGACACCCCCGGCCACAGGUGAGAUGGACCAAAACUGCUGGCAGCGCGUCGGACAAAUUCCAAGAGACAUCAGUGCUUAACGAGACCCUUCGGAUUGAGAAGAUACAAAGGCUGCAGGGGGGCCGCUAUUACUGUAAAGCAGAAAAUGGGGUUGGGGUCCCUGCCAUCAAGUCUAUUCGAGUAGAUGUGCAGUAUCUAGAUGAACCUGUUCUCACCGUUCACCAGACCAUCAGUGAUGUACGUGGCAGCUUCUACCAGGAGAAGACCGUCUUCCUCCGCUGCACGGUCAACUCCAACCCCCCAGCUCGCUUCAUCUGGAAACGGGGAGCUGAAACACUUUCUCACAGUCAGGACAAUGGUGUGGACAUCUAUGAACCCCUUUACACACAGGGUGAAACUAAAGUCCUGAAGCUGAAGAACCUUCGACCUCAGGAUUACGCCAGCUACACAUGCCAGGUGUCUGUCCGCAAUGUCUGCAGUAUCCCUGACAAAUCCAUCACCUUCCAGCUCACAAACACCACAGCCCCACCUGCUCUGAAGCUGUCUGUCAAUGAGACUCUGGUGGUCAACCCUGGUGACAACAUCACUAUGCAGUGCUCUCUGACAGGUGGUGACCCACAACCAGAAGUGGUUUGGUCCCACUCUCCUGGCCCAAUGCCUCCCAACAGCCUCUUGCAAGGAGGCAACCUCACCAUCUGGAGGAUCCGUGUGGAGGACUCAGGCUACUACAACUGCACAGCUAUCAACAAUGUGGGGAACCCGGCAAAGAAGACUGUGAACCUGCUGGUGCGGUCCAUGAAGAAUGCUACAUUCCAAAUCACUCCUGAUGUGAUCAAAGAGAGUGAGACCAUCCAGUUAGGCCAGGACUUGAAGCUCUCAUGCCAUGUAGAUGCCGUCCCCCAGGAGAAGGUUGUCUAUUCAUGGUACAAGAACGGAAAACCAGCCAGGUUCUCAGACCGGUUACUCAUCACCCGCAAUGACCCUGAGCUCCCACCCGUGACCUGCAGCUUGGAGAUUAUUGACCUGAGAUUCAGUGACUAUGGCACCUACCUGUGUGUGGCUACCUUCCAGGGAGCACCCAUUCCUGACCUCAGUGUGGAGGUGAACAUUUCCUCAGAGACAGUGCCACCAACAAUCAGUGUCCCUAAGGGUCAGUCCACCAUCACUGUGCGGGAAGGCUCCAGGGCUGAGCUUCAGUGCGAGGUUCGAGGAAAGCCAAAGCCACCCAUCAUCUGGUCCCGGGUAGACAAGGAAACCCCCAUGCCUUCAGGGACAAUGACAAUGGAGACAUACGAUGGGAAGCUACACCUGGAGAGUGUGAGCCGAGAAAUGAGUGGGACCUAUAGGUGUCAGACAGCCAGGUACAAUGGAUUUAACAUCAGGCCCCGGGAAGCCCUGGUGCAGCUCAACGUGCAGUUCCCCCCCGUGGUGGAGCCAGCCUUCCAGGAUGUGCGGCAGGGCACGGGGCACAGCGUCACCCUGCGCUGCACCAUGCUCAAGGGCAGUCCCAUGAAGGUGGCCACCUCCAUCUGGCGCUUCAACGGGAGCCUCCUGGCACAGCCCCUGGCAGAGCAGCAGGACUACUCAGAGCUCAAGGUGGACAGCGUCAGCCGGGAGACCAGUGGCAGCUACGAGUGCAGCAUUUCCAACGACGUAGGGGUCUCCACCUGCCUCUUCCAGGUGUCUGCAAAAGCUUAUAGCCCAGAGUUUUACUAUGACACUCCCAGCCCCACCUUGAGCCAGAAGCAAUCCAAGAAUUACUCUUACAUCUUGCAGUGGACCCAGAAGGAGCCUGAUGCUGUGGAUCCCAUCCUUAAGUACCGCCUGGAAGUCCGGCAGCUGUCUCAGAGAAAUACCAUCCAAACCUUCAUUCCUGUGAAGAAAAUGGAGAAAGGCCUGUUGCUGGAGCACAUCUUACCCAACCUGAAAGUGCCUCAGAGCUAUGAAGUUCGUCUGACGCCCAUCACCAGCUUUGGGGCUGGAGAUAUGUCUGCCCGCGUCAUCCGGUACAUGGAACCAAUCAACUAUCCAAAUCCAACAGAUAACACCUGCCGCUUUGAGGAUGAGAAGAUCUGUGGCUUUGUGCAGGACAAGAUGGACAACUUUGACUGGACCCGGCAGAAUGCCCUGACCCAGAACCCCAAGCGCACCGUCAACACGGGGCCCCCCAUGGACAUCAGCGGUACGCCAGAGGGUUAUUACAUGUUCAUCGAGGCGUCCCGGCCCCGGGUGACAGGAGACAAGGCCCGGCUCAUCAGCCCCCUCUACAAUAUCACUGCCAAGUAUUACUGUGUCUCCUUCUACUACCACAUGUAUGGGAAACACAUUGGCUCCUUGAACCUGCUAGUUCGCGUGCGGAACAAGCGAGCCAUCGACACCCAGGUCUGGUCCCUCAGUGGGAAUCGGGGCAACGUGUGGCAGCAAGCACAUGUGCCCAUCAACCCUCCUGGGCCCUUCCAGAUCAUCUUUGAAGGUGUCCGGGGCACAAGCUAUGAGGGGGACAUUGCCAUUGAUGAUGUCACUCUGAAAAAGGGAGACUGCCCAAGGAAGCCAAUUGGACCAAAUAAGGCUGUUGCUCUUCCAGGAAGCAGUGUCCCAGCCCUGGACAGCCCUUUGCUUUGGGGACCAUUGACUUUCUUCCUUUACGUACUGCUCAGAUGAUGGCAAGUGAGCGCUCCUGUCUUCGGACCAAGACAUUCCUGCUCCUUUCCUACUCAGCCACCUCUGCUCCUCUUCCUCCCCUCCUCUCUGGCACACCAAAGUGUCCAUAUGUUACCAAAGACUGACAGGCAUGACCAUGCAAAGGGAUCUGGUUCAGAACUGGAGCAGUCCUUGAGAAAGUCAUAAUGUCUAGAACAAAAUUUAAAAAUAAAGACAAAACUUUUUUUAAAAAGCACGUGCACGAGAGAGAGUGAGAGAGAGAGGAAGGAUAGAAACACACAUGGAGAAAGAAGGAAUGAAACACAAAAACUGGGAAUGAAGAAAUGUGAAGAGUAAAUGAAAGAAGAAAAAAAACCACACCCAUGUUUCCAUGGGAAUGUCGGACAGGGCUUCCUCAGGGAAGUGUGAACUCGUUUUAAACAAACAAAAAUAUAUUAAAGCACAAAUUUCUACCAGAACAGUUACCUUCUUUGCUGCAGAGCCCACAGCUUAGUGGAUGAUAUCCUGCAGUACUCCCCUUGUCUCCUCAUGCUUUCCCCCUGGCUGGGGCUGCCCUGCUCCCACUGCAGCUCCCUGCAGUAACACCGGCUUCGUCUGUGGGGCAGCAGCCGCCCCACAUGCCGGCAACUGGAGCGCCUUUCCUCGCACCGCAUGUGCUUCAGUGUCUCCAUCCAUCCACAUCUUCCAGGUGCUCAUGUACUUAAUUGCCCCUGCUGUGGUUUGCUUUGGCCUUUCCCCACAGCUCUGUGCUUCUCCUCAUCCCCCAGCCCGAAGAAGAUGGAGCAAGGAAGCGAGUGAUGACAUGGACCAUGCUGAGUGGUGAAGUCCUGUCUGGAUCCAGCUGCAGCAUGUGCCUCCAAGAGCCUCUUUCUGUCUCUCAGCACUCAUGCUGGAUAGGCGUCAGGUCUGAGCUGCAGACAGAAAAUCUGGUCUCUCUGGGGCUGAAGGAUGGGAUGUCAAGGGAUGGGACUGGAAGGGUGGAGCAGUUGCACAUUGGCUUCCCCCUGUGAAUACUGGGAUGGCAACUGCCUCAGCCCUAAACCCACAAUUGCUUCUCUGCCUGUAUUUUGUUACUUAUUUGUUUUUUUAUUCCAUUACUUCCUCCAGCUCAAGUUUUAGGGACUAUGGUAAGAGUCAGGCAUUUAAAUGUUCUUUAUCCUGUGCUCAAGACCCAGCCCCUGGGCUGGCAGUUCAGGCAGCUGCAAUGCUGCUCUCUCACCUCCCAAGGCCUUUUACGUGCACAGUGCAUUCGCUGCAGUGUGAGCAAAAGGUGGCAACAGCAUCACUGCUCAGGGCUGAGGUUGCUGAAUUUUGUCAGCACAUGCAGCCACACAGGCAUUCAGCUUCCACUGCCAGGGCAGUGGGUAGAGCAGCUGAAAGGUGGAACAAGCGGGAAACUACUCCAGGAAGGAUGUAGGCAGGAAGUUGACCCAAAAUAGGCUUGUGGUGAGCUGUGGCACUGUUUGCCACUGAGGAACAAGGGAACAGGCAAGGGGGAAAUUCACUUUUUUCUUGAUGGUAUCAUGAGUGGGUAAAGCUGGUGUUUCUCUCAGCUGCAGACCUGCAGCAGAUCUGGCCAGCCUCCUCAAGGUGGAGGUGCAUGCUGCUCCAGAUGAGCUCCCAGGAGAAGGAUUUGCCCUGCACCAGCCAAACAGGAGUUGUGAUAGCCUUGUUGUACCUGGAAGCAGCUCUGGGCGUGACUUACCUCCCUGCACAGGGCAGAGUUAGCCCCACAAGGCUGUGAAUUGGGGUUUAUCAGCCCACAAUCACAAUUAAUUGUGACUCUUCCUCCUAAGGGAUACCCCAUCCCAAAUCCUUAUCUGGAACACCACAGAGAAGAUAUCUAGAUAAGAUAGCUGUUUCACUGAAGACCCAGUACCCAUGGCAGCUUGCCCAUUUCUGAUUAAUAGAUCAGCUUCUCUAAGACAGCCAUGUUUGACUGAAAUCACCUGAAUGUAUAAACUGCCUCAUGCAUUGCUCAGCUUCCAGCCAUGGCUGGGGCCUCACUGCCUUCACUGAUGGAGGGGGAAAGCUCCCAGGAUCCCAGGAGAUCCAGCCACCAUCAGAGAGGGAAAGGACAUGAGCUCUGAGGGUCAAGGGACCUUCUCACAGGAGGCCUUGCAGGACAGUGGGAGGGCAUGAUACAGGUCUCCCCAGCCUGUUCUGCUUUUCUCCAUUUCCAAUAAUUGGGACUGUGUCUUUUCUGUCUCCACUCCUCCCUCCAGAGCCCACACUUCAAUCACAGUGCACAUUUGACCAGGAAGCCUAUGACUGUUGCCCAGGGCCAGGCAGUGCCAUGAGAUGCAGUGGGUGCCGACAGCAAUUCUGUGUCUUGGUGUCUGUUGCCAUUUUCAUGGGCAGCCAGUGCUGCCCUUUUUUAGGCUGAGCUCUUUCAGCCCUGUGCUCUUCUUUUCCUCUGUGCUUGUUGGACAUCAGAAGUCAUCACCCCACUCCUGGUAAGAGUCCACUUUCACUCCUAGGAGAGAGGUCAUGCUUCCCAGUGGUGCUUGGGAGCUUCACAAUGGCUCCUGAUGUGCCAGCAGCAAAACAUUUGUGUUGCAUUGCUGGUUGCAGGAGGCUUCUGCUGGGCAAAAGGUGGAGACAGGAGUGCUUCCCCAUCGAUAAGAGAUUGCCCAGGGCAACCAUCUCACCUUCUAAGCUCUGAGGCAGAGGCCCUUGUGGGUUUGCUCAGCCCAGGUUGCACAAGCAUUCAGGUUUUGCUGUUGUUUAGUGAGCAUCUGAGGUGCUGUGGGGCUAAGGAGGUGCAGCCUGAAGGUUCAGGAUGAUGGGCAAAGCAUUACCUGUGAGGCAAGUGUCAGCAAAAGGGCUCCACACUUUCAGAAAGGGAUGUCUGCAUGGAGAGAGUCCAUGCCCUGUUGCCAGCCCCUGAGAGGAAGGAUAUAAGAACCUCACCACACCAAUCUAUGGCACAGGGGCAAGAAGCCCUUUGGUGGCUGCAGAUCCAGGACAGAGCCAGGAGGCUCUCCCAGCCAGAGCCUUCUCCUACUGUCAGGUGUCCUUCAACUUCAGUAAAAGUCUGAGGAAGCCCCUUCCCACUUAGAGCUCUGCUGUUUCAUCUCUGGCUAGAAAGCAGCUGGUGGUGAGUUUGGGGAAAAGUCAUUAACCCUGCUUCUCAGAAGUACUGAGGACAGAAGGAAAGACUUCAUUUUCCUGGCAGAUGUGCUGAGAGAUGGUAUCAGGGGAAAGAGGCACUUCAGCAGCAAGGAUGGGAAGCUGUGCAGUGAUGGGGUGGAGGGGAGGCAGGGUCCCUCUUCUUUGAGGGUAGUGGUAUUUGUGGUUUACUACCCCAUGCUAGAGAGGCAAGUCUCCUUGUGGAGGUAAUGCAUCCAGGUGAGAUGUAAAGCCAUGCUCCUUACCCCUUCCAAUUAAAGAUUCCUUCGCAUUUUUCACAGUGUUCUGGCUAAAUUACAGUCCUUAAACUUAAUUACUGUCUGUCUUCUUCAAUAUCUGUUGCAGUCCCAAUGUUAUGUUUCUUUUCCUGUUUUAUGUUGAUCUGUGCCUAUCAAGUAGCUGCUUUAUUCCACUCCAGAAGUGGCUGCAUUUCAGCAAUGGUGGAUAUUAUUCCUGUAUAUAGUAUGAAAGUCCCUGCAGAAGAAAAGUGCAAUAUAAAUUUAAGAGACUGCUUUUCUUUACAAGGAGACCUCUGCUUGGUAGUUGUAGAAAUACAUUAGGAAGAAUGCUGUGUGGGUGUUAGCCAAGAUAUACUCGAUUUUAUUUUUUUUUCAGGGUGUAGAACAGAAAAUAUGUGAGUGUGCAGGCUCCUGGGUAUAAGUUGUAGAUAUUAGAAGUAGUGAAUGCUACUGUGUAGUUACAAGUGCAGUUUACAAAGAAACUUACACUUGAAACCUCUUUUUGUAGUUGUUCAUCAUAUUCUGAAAAAUGUACUUUUUAAUUACAAUUUUCUACAGUUCAGUGCAAGUCCAAAUAAUAGGUCAUCAACAGAACUUUAAUCCAUGGCUUUUAACAAUAUGAACAUCAAUUCUUGCUGCUUGCCCUGAAAUGCAGUUCCUGGCUGGUAAUAAUAAUAUUAAACUAUUUUUCUUCCACAAAGAUCAAACGUUGGAAAGUGGUGGACCUCACGUGUUCCAUUUGAUCUGGAGUUAUGUAAUUAGGAACACCUGAGUGCAACUCUUCCCAGCUGUAUGGGAGUGAAAAAUUGUUUCAUGUAUAUGAAAAACCUUGCAUAGUGCACAAAUGGUUUGGGAACUACUCAUGGGUCCCUUUCAACUUAGCAUAUUCUGGGAUUCCAUGAUUGGCAGGCAUGCAGAGCUGCUCCAGCAGAGCUGCACAGCAUGCUGCCUGGAGCACAGCUGUAGCAACAGUGAUAGGGAGCCCUUCUUCUCGGAGCUAGUUUUCUUCUGGAAAGAAAUAUGGUAGCAAUCAGAGAAAAUUGGUGGGGGUGGGGGGGCUUCAGAUACUUAGGCUGGUAAUUUUUUUUGCAAAAAUAAUUUAGAGAUAUGAGAAUUAGUGUAGUAAAUAUGAUACAAAUUAUAUUUUAUUCCCUAUUGCUAUCCAAAGUAUUGAAAUUUCAUUUCUAUCUAUACAAAAUCCUGUGGGUGCACUACUCCAGAAUUACAAAAAAAAUUACUACCAAAGGGAGAGCAGAGUCUGAAUUCCUCCUCCUCAGCCUGUCCUUAUCACUCUGUGCCAAAAAGCACACAGCUUUUGGGUUGGUGUCGGGUGCUUCUCAGCCUGGGGGGGACAGUCAGUGAUGCCGGUGGGAGAAGCAUCCCUCCACCACUGCCCUGAGCCUUGUGUCCAGCAUGAAGUGGUCCCCAUGCAAGGCACUAUCAGGAGCAAACCUUGCUCCCCAUUAGCUCUCAGCAAGGCUGAGGCAGGGAAUAUCGAUGGGAAUUGUCAGGGGGUCCUCAAGCUGCCCCAGGCAGGAACAGGCAAAGGAACCAGGACAUUUUAGUAGUCCCUGGAGGAAAUGGUGUCACUUCACCCCAAUUGGAGACAAACCAUUUUGCUAAAGCAGAGAGCUCAGGAAGCUGCUGCUUCAAGAUGUUGCUGUUUUAGUCACCUUUGUCAGCACCAUGCUGAUAUGUGUUUUUCUCUGGAAAUACUGCAGCAUCCCUUUACUUCCUGGGUGCCUUUAGGUGCCCUAGCAAUGGCACGGAGGAACAUAUCACAUGGGCUCUGUGCCUUGAGCUGGGUGUGGUAAGACAGUGCCACAGCACCUACUGAUGCCCAGCUCCUGCAGCCAGGGAGAAGGACCCUGCUUUUCAAUGAUAACAAGCAGUUGCAUUGAGAGUAUUUCUUGUGCAAAGGAUAGGCCUCCUGGCACUCCUGGCUUGGGAAAGACCACUCUUGGUCCUUUAAACUGCCCCAAUAUGUUGUCUUUUCCAGACUGCCCUCAAUGUGGGUGCAUCCCUCUUCAUAGCAACAAGUGUGCAGCAGCAGGACUCUGUGCAGGCUGUUGCCAUAAUUUUAUUUGCUUUGGCCCAACUAAUAGCUGCUCAUCCAGAGACAAAAGGCUUUUACAGAAGAAAAGUGCUGGAGAGCUCUGGCUAUUGGAUUUUAACCUGACCAAAUUUACACUCCAUGGUAAUAGUAACUGGCAGCUGUUGGUUUCCAGCAGGGAGUUGAAUAGCCUUGGCACACCCAGCAUCCCAAAUGAUGGCUGUGGUCUAUGGGUGUUUUCAGUUCUUCCCUUGGGAUUAAGGCACAUGUCGGUUUGGCUGACCAUUUGCCACGACCCAGCACACCACAGGGGAUUUUGGAGUCUUCUGAUGGUUAUUUAUAGUUUGUUAUGGUCAUUUCAGACCACUUGUGCCAUGGAGGCUUUAAACACCCCAAGAAGCACUGUGGGAUAGCCCAGGACUACUUUUGACCAACCCACCAUUACAGAGUGGGGGAGGAUGCAGCUUGCAGACAGCUGUAGUCUGCAGGAUGACCUCUUGGCCAUGGAAAAACAGUGCCAUCCCACUCCAUUUUGUCUGAGAUGUGUGCCUGACAUCCAGACCCUGGGCUGUGAUUCAUGUGCAUGCUCGGUGACUUUGCUGUCAAGCAUCCUUUCUCAAGAAGAGAGAGAGCUCCAGAGACAGACAGCAAGUCAGCAGGACUUAUGGUGUCCCUGUGCUGUGUGGCUGCAGGGAAUGGGGCCUCAGUCCAGGUCACUUAGAUCUGCUCUGGCACCUUCUCCAUCUUGCUCCCUGCAGCCCUGGCAAAGCCUGAGGGGCUGGUGGGGCUGCCUGGGUGGUGGUGGUGGAGCAGGAGCACUUCAGGGCAUGUGUUGGCUCCAUCAUGGACCUAGUAUGGAUCAUGCCCUGGCUUCAUCAGAGGCACAGGAGGGAUCACAACAUGCAUGGCUGAAAGGAUGGAACAGAACUUGUGUGUGUUUUCUGGAAAAGGAGAGAGGAAAGAUGAGCUCCACAGUGCAUUGUCCUUUGCUUCACUCAUGGCAGGCAGCAGGCUCUGACCUGAGGCUUCUCAGAUGCUGAGCAGAGAUACUAAAGAAAAUUUUGAGACCAAAUUUCCCAGUAAAAUGUACUAGCCCAGCUCCAGAUCCUCCAUGAAGAAGCCAGGCAAACCACUGUCCUCCCAUGGGUGAUCCCUGACGAAAGCUGCAAGGGGCUGGUCCCAACUUGUGAGCACUGUCCUCUUCUCUGCUGCCUUUCAUGGUGAGGGUUUUACAGCAUGGGACAGAGAACAAGGGAAAGGGAGAGAUGCCGUCUUUACUGUUGCAAAGGUAGAGCUGGGUGAUUAGAGGUUUUUGUAGAGAGCUGUGCAAGUCUGUGGAAAAUCCAGGUUUUGCUGGCUUUUGCUAUUGCCUAUAAACAAUUUGCUCCCGUGGAAUAAGACAAAAUUUUGCACUUCCAUUAACUAUUGUUCUAAAAGGAAACUGGGCUAUGAAUGUUUGACUUAUAGUGGGAUUUUUUACCCCCAGAAUGGCCUAAACUCAGUAUAAGAUAGGGCCAGCUGGACAGCUGUCAUACACUGCUAGUCCCCAGUGCCCAAAGCUCAUAGUGAUGGAUAUACCUUAUGCUGUAAUGGCUGGGGCCUUGUCUGAAGCUUUGAGCUAGGUGAAGGGUACCUGUCUGCUCUGCCACCCAUGUGCAUCUGUCCUGUCUUCCAGCCAAGUCUGUAGGAAGAUAAAAGCUGUCCUGCUGCUGCUGCGAGCCAGCAGAGAUCUGCUUUGGCUGGGGAAGAUGGGCUCUGGUCCUGCCAUUUAGGCAGUGAAGUGGCUUCCAGUUGUGUAAAGCCCAGCUGUUACAAUUGAGAGAUGCUCCAAGAUCUUCAGAAGUUGCAUAACUAUGGCAAGCCUCAAUUCAUCGUAAAGGCAGGGCCUGGGUAGGAGCUGGGAUGUGCGAGAUGUCAGCAAUCCUGCUCUGCCACUCUGAGUGAGCUGCACCUCCUUUGCUAUCAGCAUUACAGCAGCUCAAGGCUGAGCCCAAACUAGCCAAGAGCAAGUGCAACCUCACUUCCUGCUCUGCAUUGCAGCCUCUGCAGCCAGGCACCAACAAGUUUUCUUUUGUUGACCCUGAUAAGUAACGUGGUGCUGAGAUGAAGCUGUUUCCAGGUGUUGCUUGCACUGUAGGUCUGUCACUGGUAAGGUGUUUAUCUUAGCAGCUUGUAGAGGAUCAAAGCUAAAAGCUGAGGUGUGGGUGUGUUGAAGCUGCCAGAAAUGCAGCAGGGAGGAAAUAGGGCCCCUUUUGGAGGUGGUCUCCCCAGCUUUCCCUUUUCCACAGUCCAUGCUCCAACUCAGAGUACCUUCAAAUUUGGGGCAUUUGGUAUAUUAUGUCUCACUGGGCCUUGUUCUCAAGAGCCAGCUGUGGGUAUCAGUAAACAGAGUGAUAGCCAGGCUGUAGCAGCAUGGUCAGCUCAGACAGCACCUAGAUUGUGCUGAGAGGAGAAUAUAGAUACCAUUCUAUUUAUAAAAUGCAACAGGCAUUGACUGGAGUAGUGUUUGGGUCUUUUGUAUGGAUGGCAGCAUGUACCACACAAAGACUGAGCAAGGGACUGGUGAGCAUUUUCCCUGGGAAAAUUCAGAUGGUGAUGAGGGAAGGUAUUUACAGACUUGGAGCAAAGAAGCUUUCCUAUGCAUGUAGCAUCCUGAGACAAGAAGACUCUCUCAGAGUUUGCUGGAGGUGACCUUUUCCUCACAUCAAACUUUGUUUGUUCUUCCCUGCUGCUCCUCCUCAGCUUCACAGCACAUUGAUGUAAUUGUUUGUGUUAAAGCUGGGUAAAGUGGCCUAGUGUCAGUACUUUCAAAUAGAUGAGUUUGGCCUGCUUUCCCAUUUUUGGGAUCUUCUAGAUGUACCAGCUCAUUCCACAGCAGGGGGUUCCACAGCAUGCAUUCAUCUUAAGACAUUCCCUAAAAGCUGUGAAUGCUAUGGAUACAUGGUUCUUCUUUGUGGUUUUAGUCACAGCCCUUGCCUGACAGCAUGGAGACAAUCUCUAAUCUCUAGAUGGAAUGGGAAAUUUGGUGCCAGCAUGGUUUUGCUUGGCACCCAGUCAGAGCCAUCCUGCCUGUAUCACAAUACACAUAGCAAAGGGGCCAUCAUCCAAGAUACAACUGUUCUCAUGGGGAAACAACUGUGAUAUCUGCUUUUGGCCAAAAGUGAGCAUCAGACAGUGAUUUUCACACUCUUUUCAGUCUAUCCCCCUGCUCCUUACUUAACUCUCAUCAAGUGUUUCAUUUCCAGCCUGGAGAGAUGGCAGCAGACUUCAUCCCUGGAUCCCAUAGGAGGGGAUCACACCAAAAUCCCAUCCUCAACUUCUGAGGUGCAGGGAGAACCAGCUCAGGCCCAACAGUGAGCCACUUCAGUGGGAUCUAGUUCCAGUGGGACUGCAUUGCCUCACACUUCUAGGUCACCAAGGGCAGUAAGAAAGUGUUGGUUGACCUAACAGAAGUGUUUGGUAAGCAGCCCCCAAAUGGAGUGACAGACAAAGUCUGUGUGUUUGGGGAUACUGUGGAGAAGGGAGGGGGGUCCUCUGGUGUCUCUUGGGUUUUUGCUAUCAGUAUCCUAGGUGGGAAUCCUGGGACAGAGCCUCAUCUCCACCCACCUCCCUCAUUGCCACCAUGUCUUGUCCCAUCCCCACUCCACAUCUCAUAGAGUGCCAUCGCCGCCACUGAGUGGAGCUGGGACCCUCCUUGCCACCAUGAUGCCAAGCCGUCCACAAUGUUAAAAGCACAAAACACAAAGGACUAAACUGAACCUUUUAAACAGGGUGAGAUGUUUUAUAAGCAUUGCCUCAUCCACCACCUCCCCCCAGCCCCAGUGCAUUCGCCAUGUAACCUACAGGUUCUCAAUGUGGAUUGUUUCAUUCAAAUAAAGCUGCAGUACUCAA